AUGGAAAGAAAGAAAAAGAACGAGGCAAGUGAAUCAGAGCAUACUAUAGCAGGAGACCUGACAACUGUAGUUCCUCCAAUUAGUGAUAAGGAAGAUGGAGGAUCAAAAUCAGGAUGCUUCGCAUCCUGAUUAUUUUACUCCUUCUGAUGAUGCCUAUGAUAUAGUAGUAAAAACAUUAAGGAAGGGAAAGCCAAAUUUGUCUCUCGCUUUAGAAAAUGGAUGAAAGUGAAAGAUAGAAAGAUUCAUCCUAAUACAACAUCUGAUGAUCAUCAGCAUAUUUUUGAUACGCUUACUAACCUAUAUGCUCAUGAAGAAAACACUGUGGACGAGUUAGCAAAGUGCAGGAUCAACCCAGACUUUACAAAUUAUCUCAGAAGUGAUUUGGAAUUCUUCAUCCCUGAAAUAUGCUCUUUCUAUCUGAGAGGAAAAUUUGAAGAGCAAAGUAAAUUGCUUGGGUUAUUAACAUCAGCAUGUAACACAAGCUUUUUCUUCUCCCAUCGACUAUACUUCUUCUUUAAAGCUGUUAUUUCCACAGAUGGAUCUCAAGAUGUUCGGUCUGAGUGCUUAGCUGCUCUUCAAGAAAUGGAGGCUACUUGAGAAUAUGAAGCUGAUGAGAACCUUCUGUAUUUAGCAAACUCUAAAGACCUUAUAAAAUAUAUUAAGAGGUUGAGAAUGGAUACCUUGUACUCUAACCUUCUCGAUUCAUCUCCAGUUGAAGCACAAGAUCCUUCAUUGGACAAAUACUUGCAGUCAAAUGAGGACAGCAUUCUUGCUAAAGAGAGAUUCUUGCAAGUCAAAUCAAUGGUUGCUGAAUAUAUUGAAGUUGGUGACAAAUCAAAAAUAACAAGAACUUCUCCUGUCUCUAGUCCGAUAUCAGUGAAAGAUAUUAUUUUGCUACCGUUCAUUUCAAAUAUAAGAAGCAAAAAUUACGAUCAGGAUAUGAGAGAGUCAGUUCCGAUGAUGAAAAAUGUUAAUCAGAAGAAAUUCAAUGCUUACCUCUCAACUCCAAGAUUUAUUAAGUACCUAACCGAUAUUAGUGAGUUGAUCUCAAAGGAGGCAGACAAAUAAAGCUGCACUUAAGAGAGAAUUGAGGAAACUUAAUCAACACUUGCCUGCUUCUGUCUACAUUCCUUUCUGUCAAGAUUCUCUGAGGAAUUAUGCUGUGCUGCACAUUCAUCCUGAAGAAGUUCAUGUAUUCCAGACAAAGACAAGAUGUCCAUACAUGAUCACCAUUGAAAUGUACAGGCCAGAUGAAAUGUCAAUGAUAACUCCUACUGAAUCUCCUUAUAAAGAUAAAGCAAUUCGAAAACACUCAAAUACCGAGAGAAGAAUUCGUAGAGAAAGUGCAGACUUAAGCGAUUAUGAUGAACCUUUAAUUCCUGCUGAACAAACUGAUGAUAUUUUUGCUACUAGGAGAGGCAAAAGUCAUUCUGUGUACCAAGCCCCAACAAAAAGGAUUGAAACUCAAGCAGAAGAGAAAAUAUCUAAGCCUUUGUUCAUCUCUUUUGUGGAUAACCAGCCUACAGUCAGAGACACGCUUAAGGGAGCUCAUGAUAACAUUGGAAAAGUUGAGAAGCAAGUAAAAAGAUUCCUACUUGAUGAUGCAACUCCAAGAAUUUCAGAGAAUGAAGAAGACAAAAGUUUUGACAGAGGAUCAUUUGCAGGAGCCGAAGAAGAUAAAGAUGAUUAUCAUAAUUUAAGCCUCAUGGGAAGCUCAAGCAUAGAAGAGGAUGAGCAAUUAAACAUGUCGAAUUAUAGCUCACCUGCUGUUAUUGCCUCUCCCAUUAAACUGUCUAAAGCGAAAACAGGAGAACCUCCAAGAAAGCAGAAGACUCAGGGAGUUUUAGAGGGCAGGGAGCAGAAUCAUAGCGACGAUGAUAGCAACUAUUACUCUAAAAAUAAUCUAAAUGAUAUCCUAUCUCAAAGAGAUGAUGAUGAGGGGUCUUUUACAAGAAAGCCAAAAGGAGAAACUGAAAGAUCAAUGAAACAGCCAACUAAUUUCUUGUUCAAAGAAACCUUUGAGCAACAAAGUGAGAGACUAAGAAAAGCAUCUGUAUUUGGAUCUUUAAAAACUUGGAAAAUAAUGAAAAUGAUAGUCAAAUCCGGGGAUGACCUGAGGCAAGAACAAUUUGCCAUGCAGAUCAUUGACCUGAUGGCCCAAAUUUUCAAAGUGCAAGGUGUAGAUUGCUGGCUCAAACCUUAUGAAAUUUUGGCAACAGAUAAUGGAUGUGGAAUUAUGGUGUGUUUAAAGGAUUCUAUGAGCAUAGAUCAGAUUAAGAAAGCACUUCCAUCCGGAAUGUCUACACUCAAAGAUUACUUCCUCUAUAAUUUUGGAGGUCAAAGAAGUACUCUGUAUCGAGAAGCUAGAUAUAAUUUUGCAAAAUCAUUGGCAGGUUACUCCUUGCUGUGUUAUAUAUUACAAAUCAAAGAUAGGCACAAUGGGAAUAUAAUGCUGGAUAACCUUGGGCAUAUCAUUCAUAUAGAUUUUGGAUUUCUGUUAUCUAUCGCACCUGGUAAAGGCCUUAAGUUAGAAAAGGCUCCUUUCAAAUUCACGACAGAGUACUUAGACGUGCUUGGAGGACUUCAAUCAAAGACUUUUAAACAGUUCAAGAAAUACAUGUGCCAAGGAUUUACUGCAAUUCAGAAGAACGCAGACAAAAUCAUCAUUCUUAUAGAAAUGAUGGCAAUGGGACAACUAGAUCUUCCUUGAUUUUCUGGAGGAAUGGAGCAAAUUAUCAAAGAAGUAAAACAAAGAAUUUUCCCAACUGAAACAAUUAUGUCGAGACAGAGAUGUAGAGAUUUCAUCGAUCAGCUAAUCUAUCAAUCACAAGACAAUUGGAGAACUCUUAUGUACGAUAGAUAUCAAUACUGAUGCCAAGGGAUCAAUUAAUUUUAUUAGUAUUAUCUGAUUCAAGCUCUUGAA